AUGAUUCAUGAUGAUAAUGAUGUUGAUGAUGUUGAUGAUGAUGAUGAUGGUGAUGCUGAUGUUGAUGAUGAUGAUGAUGAUGAUGAUGAUGAUGAUGAUGAUGAUGAUGAUGAUGAUGAUGAUGAUGAUGAUGAUGAUGAUGAUGAUAUUGAUCAAGAUGAUGAUCACGAUCAUGUGGAUGAUCAUGAUCAUGAUGAUAAUGAUGAUGAUGACGAUGAUGAUGAUGAUGAUGAUGAUGUUGUUCAUGAUGAUGAUGAUGAUGAAGUUGAUGAUGAUGAUGAUGAUGAUGAUGAUGAUGAUGAUGAUGAUGGUGAUGAUGAUGAUGAUGAUGAUGAUGAUGAUGAUGAUGAUGAUGAUGAUGAUGAUGAUGAUGAUGAUGUUGAUGGUGAUGAUGAUGUUGAUGAUGAUGAUGACGAUGAUGAUGAUGAUGCCGAUGAUGAUGAUGAUGAUGAUAAUGUUCAUGAUGAUGAUGAUGAUGAUGAUGAUGAUGAUGAUGAUGAUGAUGAUGAUGAUGUUGAUGUUCAUGACGAUGAAUAA